AAAUGCACUGUAAUAAUGCAUAUCAAUUUCUUUCAAUGCAGAUGUGUCGAUGAACUGGAGUCUCAAUUAUCAAAGCAUGGGAGCCUGAGAAAACUGUAUUUCUAUCACCAGCAUCUCACAGCAGUCUUCAGGAACACUAUGUUUGGACCAGAAGGACGUCCCCAGCAUUGCUGUGCAUGGCUUGGCGUUGCCAGUAGUUUUCCAGAGUGUGCUUCUCCAAUUGUUCCAGAAGAGGUCACCAAAAUUGGGCGAGAUGCAGUCCUGUAUGUUGAAUCUCUUAUUGAAUCUGUUAUGGGAGGAUUGGAGGGCUUGAUCAAUAUUCUCGAUUCUGAUGGAGGUUUUGGUGCCUUAGAGACUCAGCUUCUUCCAGAGCAGGCGGCUUUUUAUUUGAAUAACACAUCUAGGGUGUCACUUCCUUCAACAAAAUCUCCCAAAGGAGCAGUUGGUUUUUCUCUGCCUGGGCAUGAGAGCUAUCCAGAAAAUAAUAGUUCUAUAAAAAUGUUAGAAGCUGCAAUGCAAAGGUUGACCAACUUAUGUUCAGUUUUGAAUGACAUGGAGCCAAUAUGUGUUCUAAACCAUGUGUUUGUUCUGAGGGAGUAUAUGAGAGAGUGCUUCCUCGGGAACUUCAGGAGAAGAUUACUUGCAGUGUUAAAAACUGACAAUGAUCUUCAGCGGCCUUCUGUGCUUGAGUCAUUGAUUCGCAGGCACAUGAGCAUAGUCCAUCUAGCAGAGCAGCACAUAAGCAUGGACCUAACCCACGGUAUACGAGAAGUUCUUCUCACAGAGGCCUUUUCAGGACCAGUUUCUUCUCUGCACUUGUUUGGAAAACCAUCUGAGCAGCCUACUGGAUCAGCCACUGAAGUUGUAUGCAAUUGGUACAUAGAAAACAUUGUCAAAGAUAUGUCAGGUGCAGGAAUCUUGUUUACACCAAUGCACAAAUGCUUCAAAAGCACAAGGCCUGUUGGUGGAUAUUUUGCAGAGUCAGUUACUGAUCUUGGAGAAUUGCAGGCCCUAGUGCGUAUUUUUGGUGCCUAUGGAAUUGACAGGCUAGACAGAAUGAUGAAAGAACACACUGCUGCACUUUUAAAUUGCAUUGACACAUCAUUACGUUCAAACCGUGAAGUUUUAGAGGCAGUUGCCGUCAGCAUGCAUUCUGGUGAUCGAAUAGAAAGGGAUGUAUCCCUAAAGCAGAUUGUGGACUUGGAUACUGUAAUUGGAUUUUGUAUUGAGGCAGGGCAAGCACUUGCUUUUGAUCAGCUUCUUGCUGAAGCUGCUGGAAUUGUGCUCGAAGAAGGUGCACCCUUGAUAUAUUCGCUACUUGCUGGGAUAGUUAAGCAUAUACCUGAAGAAAUGCCAGAAAAGAGAGAAAUUAAGAGGAUAAGAGGCGUAGCAAAUAGUGUUGGUCUGGUUGUGGAUCAUGAUUCUGAGUGGGUAAGAUCAAUUCUGGAAGAGGUGGGUGGUGCAAAUGAUGGUUCUUGGACCUUGUUGCCUUAUUUAUUUGCAACAUUCAUGACAUCAAGCAUCUGGAACACCACUGGGUUCAAUGUUGACACAGGAGGAUUCAACAACAAUAUUCAUUGCUUGGCAAGGUGCAUGAGUGCUGUAAUUGCAGGAAGUGAGCUUGUUAGAUUGGAACGUGAACAUCAGCAGAGGCAAUCUCUCUCUAAUGGCCAUGUUGGUGAGGCUUUAGAUCCUGAUUUACAUAGCCGUUUGUCUGCAGAAGCAAGUAUCAAAUCCGCAAUGCAGCUUUUUGUUAAAUUUGCUGCUGGAAUUGUGCUAGAUUCUUGGAAUGAAGCUAAUAGAUCUCAUCUUGUAGCAAAGCUUAUUUUCUUGGAUCAAUUUUGUGAGAUCUCUCCGUACCUUCCACGAAGUUCCCUUGAAGCCCAUAUUCCAUAUGCAAUUCUCCGUUCGAUUUACAGCCAGUACUAUUCAAAUUCUCCUUCCAUGCCAUUAGCACUACUAAGUUCGUCACCUCGCCAUUCACCUGCUGUGUCAUUGUCACAUGCAUCUCCUGUGGUGAAGCAGCCUCGAGGAGAUUCGACACCUCAGUAUGGCACAAAUGAUUCUGGAUACUUUAAGGGAACAUCAUCCCUCAGCCAGGAACACUCAUAUGAUACUGAUAAUGGAAACCUUCACAGCACUGAAAGUCGACACCGGAAUGUUCGUCGGUCUGGGCCUUUGGAUUAUAGUUCAAGCCGUAAAGUUAAAUUGAAUGAAGGUUCAACCUCAGGCAGCACGGGUCCCAGUCCAUUGCCAAGAUUUGCAGUAUCAAGAUCUGGCCCACUAUUGUAUAAAUAGAAAUGUGGUAAAGAGAUGGGAGGGUCAUAAAUUAUCCACUCGUCAAACUUCAGUUAUAUUAGAACACCAUCACAUAGCUAAAUAGAUGCAAAUUUUGGCAUGAUGUAAAUGUAAUACUUGGAAAUUUUGCCUUUUUAUUGUUUCCAAUCAUAUAAUUCGAUGUGAUCUUUAUGUGGGUUAAUC